UGUCUCCUCUCUCCUCUGAAUGAUCACUGAUCGCGAUGUGUUCACUGAAGAACGGUCCUUUGACUGGUACCAAGAUCCGUUAAUGAAUUUUGGGUCUCCAAGUGACCCACAUCCUCCAGCACAGAACAUUUCAACAACCCCUGGUCAGACCCAGGCUGAUCCCGGCCCAUCUUCUUUAUCUCUGCAGCAAGUCCCAGACCAGGAUCUCCUCUAAUCUGCAGCCCUCUUUCACCGGGAAAUGCUGCUCCCCUUUUUCUGGAUUCAGUUCUCAAAGAUACAGGGAAACUUUUAAGAGAGUGUGGACCUUUUGCAAACAGUGAAAUGCUCCAAGAGAAGAGUUUGUCAGAAAAUGACGAUGGGUUUACCACAGCCCAAUCAACUGGCCAUGUGGAAAGUACCGCAGGAUCCCCAGCGCUGGGAGUAGCAGGGCUGAGCACUGCACUAAGCAGCCCACAGAGCCAGGAUCCAGAACAGACCAUAGAAAAUAUCAAGGUGUAUCUUCAUGAAAAGGAGCUUUGGAAGAAGUUUCAUGAAGCUGGCACCGAAAUGAUUAUAACCAAGGCUGGCAGGAGAAUGUUCCCAAGUUACAAAGUGAAAGUAACUGGAAUGAACCCCAAGACCAAAUACAUUCUCCUUAUAGACAUUGUUCCAGCUGAUGAUCAUCGGUACAAAUUCUGUGACAACAAAUGGAUGGUGGCUGGGAAAGCAGAGCCGGCAAUGCCUGGUAGACUGUAUGUUCACCCAGACUCCCCUGCUACUGGAGCUCAUUGGAUGCGACAACUGGUUUCAUUUCAAAAACUGAAACUGACAAAUAACCACCUUGACCCCUUUGGACAUAUUAUCUUGAAUUCGAUGCACAAAUACCAACCGAGGCUCCAUAUUGUCAAAGCAGAUGAAAACAAUGCCUUUGGUUCAAAGAAUACUGCUUUCUGCACGCACGUGUUUUCUGAGACCGCAUUCAUAUCAGUGACCUCAUAUCAAAACCACAAGAUAACCCAACUCAAAAUUGAAAACAACCCCUUUGCCAAAGGAUUUAGAGGCAGUGAUGAUAGUGACCUGCGUGUCGCCCGUCUGCAAAGCAAAGAAUAUCCAGUGAUAUCAAAAAGCAUCAUGAGACAAAGACUUGUAUCAAGUCAUCCAGGGCAACUAUCUGGCAAAUCAGACAUUAAUGCACUUCACAGCAGCCACCAAGGUAUGCAGCAUUAUCAGUAUGAGAAUGGAGCACACAUGCAGUUUGCAACUCCAGAUGCUCAAGACCUGCCACUCAACACCUUCGCAGCACAGAGGGACUCUGGACUGUUUUAUCAUUGUCUCAAAAGAAGAGAGGGUGCACGUCACCUUGACCUUCCCUGCAAACGUUCUUAUCUAGAUCCUUCCUCAUCUAUGGCAGAUGAUCAUUAUUUUAGAUCCCCUCCUCCAUAUGAUCAGCAAAUGUUGAGUCCACCUUAUCGCAAUGAUGUGACACCAAGGGAUGCAUGCAUGUACUCUACUUCAGGAGCCGAAAUUGCAGGUGUGUCAGGGGUUGAAGAUUUACCACCACCUCCGCUUAGCUGCAACAUGUGGACCUCUGUCUCUCCUUACACUAGUUACAGUGUUCAAACAAUGGAAACUGUGCCAUACCAGCCAUUCCCCACUCAUUUUACAGCCACCACUAUGAUGCCUCGUCUUCCAGCGAUCCCCGGCCAAGGAUCACAGCCAUCAAGUGAAUCUCAUUUUAGUGUCUACAAUCAGCUUUCACAGUCGCAAGUCCGGGAUAGAGUUCCACCUACAUCCUUCCCUAGAGAGAGAGUUCACCCUUCACUUUGUGAAAGAAAGCCUCCGUCCCCCCACAUAAACACUGCUAAUGAGUUUCUGUAUUCACAAAGCUUUUCACUAUCCAGGGAAACCUCACUACAGUAUCACUCAGGAAUGGGCACUGUGGAAAACUGGACUGAUGGAUGACUGCUACUGCUAGGGACAUUGCAUAAGAGCUAUGCUCCACUGACCUGAACAAUUGCAUCUAUUUUGUUAGUACCUGUGGGUAUCCUGCACCUCAGCAACUCCUUUAUGUGAGAAUGCUUGAUCAAGAGAACACCUGUCUUUUUUAUUCUAGACUUGGACAAAAUGUUCCAUACAGGUGGCAUUUUUGAGGACAAACUUAGACAGCUACGGAAGUAGAACAUGCAUUCAGUUGUUAAGUAGAAUACAAAAUACAAUGUGGGAAAUCACUACAUCUUUGCAUGCUGAAUAGUUAUUUAUACAUAUAUAUAUAUGUAUAUAUAAAGAUAUAUAUAUCUAUCUAUCUAUCACAAAUGCAGGCCACAUGUCAAAUGAAGCUUUGCUUUUACAAAUGAGAUGCUUAAUAAAAUAAAAGUUACCAGGGUUUUUUCAAA